GGAAGAGUGUGCUCAAAGUACUUUUGGCCAUUUUUACCAAUAAACAAGUAAUAUUAGUUAGUUACUUCACAGCCACAGGACAGCAGCACCAGGAAGCAAAGCAACAACAAUAGUAGGAAUAGGAAGUGGGUGGUGGACUGGUGAGAAGGAAGAACAAAGUUAGAUAUCAAGGAAGUGAGUGAGUGAAAAGGAAAAUGAUAGUGGUUGUUGUUGUCGUUGCUGUUGAUACAGUUGCCUGCCCCUGCCGCCUUACUCCUACUACUUACUUCUCUUCUCUUCUCCCUUUCUUCUUCUUCUUCUUCUUCUGCCUGUAAUUCAAUCUUUCCCCUUCUCCCUCUCCGUAUAUCUACAUUCUACACACUCCUCUCCAAUCCUAUAUUCUUAAUUUCCCUCAACUACCCCUAUCACUUUCUACACCCCUCUCUCUCCCUCCUCCCUUUUUCACAUUGCCUCUCUUUUUCCUCUUCCUAGAAAUUACCCACUUCCCAAAAUUUCCCCGUUCUUUAGCUGCUGCUCUUACUCUCUUCUUCCCCUACUUGUUUUUCACAUUUUCGGUCUGAAAACUCUCAAUUCAGGACAAGGGUCUGGUGAUUUUUCACUAAAGUUGCAAACUUUAUGGUCUGGAUUCACUGCUACUUGGAAUUUUCUGCUGCGCUAACAUUUGGGGUUCUGUAAUGGACACUCCGCCGUCUCCUUCUCCUGUUUCUUCUCCCGGCGGUGGAGGAGGGGAGGAUUGUUGUGUAAAAGUUGCAGUACACGUCAGACCGCUCAUCGCCGACGAGAAAGCUCAAGGAUGUAAAGAUUGCGUCACUGUCGUCCCUGGGAAACCUCAGGUUCAAAUAGGCACACAUUCGUUUACAUUUGAUCAUGUCUAUGGGAGCACGGGUUCACCUUCGACAGCCAUGUUCGAGGAAUGUGUUGCUCCAUUGGUUGAUGGCUUGUUCCAGGGUUACAAUGCUACAGUCCUUGCCUAUGGUCAGACGGGAUCCGGAAAGACAUAUACAAUGGGUACAGGAUUCAAAGAUGGUUACCAAGCCGGAAUAAUUCCUCAAGUGAUGAGUGUUCUGUUUGGAAAAAUCGAGACUUUGAAGCAUCAAACCGAAUUCCAGCUCCAUGUUUCCUUCAUCGAGAUUCUGAAAGAAGAAGUGAGAGACUUGCUGGAUCCCUCGUGUCUGCACAAAGCAGAAUCUCCCAAUGGACACUCGGGAAAAGUAAACUUGCCAGGAAAGCCACCAAUACAAAUUCGAGAAUCUUCAAACGGGGUGAUAACGCUAGCAGGAUCCACGGAAGUUACUGUUGGCAGUUUCAAGGAAAUGGCCGCUUACCUUGAGCAAGGAUCAUUGAGCAGGGCAACUGGGAGUACAAAUAUGAACAACCAAUCAAGCCGUUCCCAUGCAAUUUUCACCAUCACAGUAGAGCAAAUGCGGAAAACCAACCCACUCUUUGCUGGAGAUGGGAGUCCUAACGACGGGAUGAACGAUGAGUAUCUUUGUGCUAAGUUGCAUUUGGUAGAUCUAGCAGGAUCCGAGAGGGCUAAAAGGACUGGUUCAGAUGGCUUGCGUUUCAAGGAAGGCAUUCACAUCAACAAGGGGCUUUUGGCACUUGGCAACGUGAUCAGCGCACUUGGGGAUGAGAAAAAGCGAAAAGAAGGUCUUCAUGUUCCUUAUCGGGACAGUAAAUUGACUCGGCUUUUGCAGGACUCACUUGGCGGCAACAGCAGAACUUGCAUGAUAGCUUGCAUUAGCCCUGCUGAUAUAAAUGCGGAGGAAACCCUGAACACUCUAAAGUAUGCAAAUCGUGCUCGGAAUAUUCAAAACAAGCCUAUUGUCAAUAGAGAUCCUAUGUCAAGUGAGAUGCUCAAAAUGCGGCAACAGCUGGAGUAUCUUCAGGCAGAACUUUGCGCCCGUGGAGGAUUUUCAUCCGAUGAAGUUCAGGUUCUCAAGGAAAGAAUUGCAUGGCUUGAAGCUACGAACGAAGACCUUUGUAGAGAGCUUCAUGUAUAUCGCAGCAGGUGUGCUGCUGUAGAUCCCCGUGAAAUAGAUGCUCAAGAUAUAUGUUCUGUGAAAGGCGAGGGACUCAAAAGGAGCUUAUGCAGUCUAGAAGCAUCAGACUAUCAAAUGGUUGAAACAGUACAGAGCGAUGCUAGGGAAAUUGAUGAAGAAGUAGCUAAAGAAUGGGAGCACACGCUUCUCCAAAGCACAAUGGACAAGGAGCUGCAUGAGUUGAACCGGCGCUUGGAAGAGAAAGAGUCGGAGAUGAAACUUGUUGGAGGUUUCGACACUGCAGCACUCAAGCAACACUUUGGCAAGAAAAUCAUGGAAAUGGAGGAUGAGAAAAGAGUUGUGCAGCAAGAACGAGACCGUUUGCUUGCUGAAAUUGCAAAUCUCUCAGCUGGUUCGGAUGGGCACGCGCAGAAAUUGCAAGAUGCUCACUCCCAGAAACUGAAGACAUUAGAGACACAGAUUCUGGAUCUGAAGAAAAAACAGGAGAGCCAGGUCCAGCUUUUGAAGCAGAAGCACAAAAGUGAUGAAGCGGCAAAGAAAUUGCAAGAAGAGAUACAAUCUAUAAAGGCCCAGAAGGUUCAAUUGCAACACAGAAUGAAGCAAGAGGCUGAACAAUUUCGACAAUGGAAAGCGUCUAGGGAAAAGGAGUUGCUUCAGCUACGCAAAGAGGGGAGAAGAAAUGAAUAUGAAAGGCAUAAGCUACAAGCCAUAAACCAGCGCCAGAAAAUGGUUCUGCAAAGGAAAACAGAGGAAGCUGCUGUUGCUACCAAGAGGUUAAAGGAAUUGCUUGAAGGCCGAAAGUCUUCUCCACGUGACAAUGGUCUUUCCAAUGGACAUGUAACCAAUGGACAGAGUAAUGAAAAAUCUCUACAUAGAUGGCUUGAUCAUGAGCUAGAAGUCAUGGUGAAUAUUCAUGAAGUUCGUUUCGAGUAUGAGAAGCAAAGCCAAGUGCGAACAGCAUUAGGCGAAGAGCUGGCUGUGUUGAGACAGGUGGAUGAGCUAGCUUCAAAAGGAAUAACCCCUCCAAAGGGAAAGAACGGAUUUGCUAGGGCUACAUCCAUGUCACCAAACGCCAGAAUGUCCAGAAUAGCCUCACUCGAGAGCAUGUUGAGCAUAUCAUCUAACUCUCUCGUGGCUAUGGCUUCACAACUUUCAGAAGCAGAAGAGCGUGAGCGCAGCUUGACCUCCCGUGGGCGUUGGAACCAAUUGCGGUCCAUGGGAGAGGCAAAGAGCUUACUUCAGCACAUGUUCCACUCUCUGGGGGAUGCUAGGUGCCAAAUGUGGGAGAAGGAUAUGGAGAUCAAGGAAAUUAAGGAACAAUUCAAAGAACUUGUGAACCUAUUACGACAAAGCGAAACUCGAAGAAAGGAAAUUGAGAAGGAGUUGAGGUUGAGAGAGCAAGCUGUUGCUAUUGCUUUGGCUACAGCAGCUUCGGCUGGCCAUGAACAAGGGACCCCACCCAAUUCACUAAAACACGAUGCUGAUGAAAUGAUGAGCAGUCCCUUGUCUCCAGUAUCUGUGCCAGCACAGAAGCAGCUAAAAUAUACACCAGGAAUAGUGAACAGCCCAGUCCGAGAAUCAGUAGCGUUUAUAGAUCAGUCGAGAAAAGUUAGUAUCUUUCUUUCAUUUCCCCACUUGAAUCUUACUACUAUAGAUGGCAAUUAUCAACCCAAACCAACUCCACCCGUUUGAAGCUCAUCUAACCCAGAACCCAUUUAUAGAUCUGGCAGAUUGCCUUAGUACCCUCCAAACUACAUCAAAUUUUCAAAAGAGUGCCAGCAAUUUACCAACAACCUACAUUAAGGGUUAGCACCAGCAUAUAUAACUUUCUGCUGAUGUUUGCAGAUGGUACCACUUGGCCAAGCAUCAGUGAGAAAACUAGCAGUUGCAGGUCAAGGUGGGAAGCUAUGGAGAUGGAAGAGAAGCCAUCACCAGUGGCUCUUGCAAUUCAAGUGGAAAUGGCAGAAGCCAUGGCGGCUAUCUGAGACAAUCAGGCUCAGUGACGGGACGAUUACAAGGACAAAGCAUCGUGUACAGUACCGAACACGCGUGUCAUGAGCUGUGAGCAACUCGGGUUACUCUGAGCAUAAUCUCUCCAUCUUAGAGCUAUAAGUAUGGUUGUGAUCCACUUCUAUAGGAGAGGGAGCGAGCUAUGCUUGUUGCUGAGAAGGACGGGUUGAUUUUGAAAGGAAGCUAGGGUUUUUCUUUGCUGCUGGGGAGCAUCUUUGUAAAGCAGUGGUUUGUUGAUGCUGCCCCAUGGUCAUAUCUAACGAAGAUCUGAGGAAAACGCAGUUCCACUGGCGAAUAUUCUGCCAAAUAGACCUAGUACUCAGUUCAAUAACCCAACACUUCUUGAAGGGAAACAAUCUCUUCAGGAUGUCUGCACAAAAAAUGUACGAGGAAGAAGAAGAUCUCUGCUUUAGUUUGUUUUGGUCCUAUUACUAGGUGAAGUGUUCUUUUUGUAUCUCUACCUAAUUUGUCCAUUAUUUUAGUGUGUAAAGCACAGAAGUUGAUUAGCGAAGAUUGGAAUAGGGGAUUCUUUGGAUGAACAGGGAUUUGUAUUAGGAGUGUGUAUAUGUAAGAAGACAACAAUAUAUGCCAUCAUAUUAUGUAUAAAAGGGAAAUUAACUUAAGCAUGUAUUGCCUUGUAACCUACUUUGUUUGAGGUUCGUUUAUGAUUUAGAAAUGUAACAAUUAAUCCUUGUGCCACAUCAUUUUGAC